CAUAGCACAUCAGUAUCUUAACACCUUGCCAAACCCUGAGGCUUGAAGAACUCGAAGCGUCAUAAAUAGGCUAGCCCGACGAAGAUCGACAUGGCCGACCAUGGCGACGAGAUGACGACGAACAAGAAGGUGGUGCUGAGGAGGUACGUGACAGGCUACCCGACGGCGGAGGACAUGGAGGUGGUCGUCACCUCCCACGUCCGGCUGCGGGUGCCGGAGGGGUCGACGGCCGCCGUGGUGGUCAAGAAUCUGUACCUUUCCUGCGACCCGUGGAUGCGCGGCCGCAUGAGCAAGCACGACGACGGCGACGCCGUGCCGGCCGAGGACUUCGUGCUUGGAGAGGCCUUGGUCAAUUUCACUGUCGGCGAGGUGCUCGAUUCGACGCACCCGGAGUUCGACGCCGGCGACCUCGUCUGGGGGAUGAGUGCAUGGGAGGAGUACACCCUCAUCACCCAAACGGAGGGCCUGUUCAAGAUCAACCACCCCGAGCUGCCACUCUCACACUACACAGGUGUUCUUGGCUUGGCAGGGCUCACUGCAUAUGCUGGACUUUUUGAGGUUGGCAAGCCAAAGCAAGGUGAAUCUGUUUUUGUGUCGGCAGCGUCUGGCGCCGUCGGUCAGAUCGUUGGACAGCUCGCCAAGAUAGCAGGAUGCUAUGUGGUUGGAAGUGCCGGCUCCGAUGAGAAGGUGAAUCUCUUGAAGAGCAAGAUGGGCUUCGACGACGCGUUCAACUACAAGUUGGAGGGGGACGACCUCGGCGCGGCGCUCGGGCGGCGCCUCCCGGGCGGCAUCAACGUCUACUUCGACAACGUGGGCGGCGCGACGCUGGACGCGGCGCUGCUGCGGAUGCGGCCGGGCGGCCGGGUGGUGGCGUGCGGGAUGAUCUCGCAGUACAACCUGCUGGAGCACCAGGGGGUGCGCAACCUGUGGUGCAUCAUCCCAAAGCGCGUCCGGGUGGAGGGCUUCUCCUGCAUGGACUACCACCACCUGUAUCCCAGGUUCGAGGAGGAAAUGGCCGGCUAUAUCAAGGCAGGGAAGGUGACCGUCGUGGAGGACGUCGUCCGAGGGAUUGAGAGGGCGCCUGAGGCUCUGCUGGGCCUGUUUUCUGGGAGAAAUGUUGGCAAGCUGCUGGUUGCUCUUGCAUGAGUCAUGAGUGUGAGUCCAUGGAAUAAUGACUUCUUUAUGUGUUUUAUUGAAUAAGAUUGUAGCUGCAGGCUUAUAAUUAUGA